AUGAUGAAGGUCCAUUGUGUACUCCUCCUCCUCAUCUGCACAGCGGGGCUGGCCCUGGGCUAUGAGGAUGAGACUCGCCUGGUGGAGCACUUGUUCAGUAACUACAACAAGGUGGUGCGGCCCGUGGAGGACCAUCGGGACGCCGUCGUUGUCACCGUGGGGCUGCAGCUCAUCCAGCUCAUCAGCGUGGAUGAAGUAAAUCAGAUUGUGACAACCAAUGUGCGCCUGAAACAGCAAUGGACAGACGUCAACCUCCGAUGGAAUCCAGAUGACUACGGUGGUGUAAAAAAAAUCCGCAUCCCCUCAGAUGAUAUCUGGCGGCCAGACCUUGUUCUUUACAACAAUGCAGAUGGGGAUUUUGCCAUUGUAAAAUACACCAAAGUCCUUCUGGAGCACACAGGUCGGAUCACCUGGACACCACCAGCCAUUUUUAAGAGUUACUGUGAAAUUAUAGUCACACACUUCCCAUUUGACCAGCAGAACUGCAGUAUGAAGUUGGGAACUUGGACAUAUGAUGGCACAAUGGUUGUUAUCAACCCGGAGAGUGAUCGUCCAGACCUGAGUAACUUCAUGGAGAGCGGGGAGUGGGUGAUGAAGGAUUACCGUGGCUGGAAGCACUGGGUUUACUACGCUUGCUGCCCUGACACCCCCUACCUGGACAUCACCUACCACUUCCUCAUGCAACGCUUGCCCCUCUACUUCAUUGUCAACGUCAUCAUCCCCUGCCUGCUCUUCUCCUUUCUAACAGGGCUCGUUUUUUACCUACCCACAGAUUCAGGUGAGAAAAUGACCCUCAGCAUCUCUGUCCUGCUGUCUCUGACUGUGUUCCUGCUGGUCAUCGUGGAGCUGAUUCCCUCCACCUCCAGCGCAGUGCCUCUGAUUGGCAAGUACAUGCUGUUCACCAUGGUGUUUGUCAUCGCCUCCAUCAUCAUCACCGUCAUCGUCAUCAACACCCACCACCGCUCGCCCAGCACGCACACCAUGCCCCCCUGGGUCAGGAAGAUCUUUAUUGACACAAUCCCAAACGUCAUGUUUUUCUCUACAAUGAAACGACCAUCGAGAGACAAACAAGACAAAAAUAUUUUUGCAGAAGAUAUUGAUAUUUCUGACAUUUCUGGGAAGUCAGGUUCUGUGCCUGUCAACUUCUACUCCCCGCUUACCAAAAACCCAGAUGUGAAAAAUGCUAUAGAAGGAAUCAAAUACAUUGCAGAAACGAUGAAAUCGGACCAAGAAGCCAGUAAUGCUGCAGAAGAAUGGAAGUUUGUUGCAAUGGUGCUUGAUCAUCUCCUCCUUGGCAUAUUUAUGCUAGUUUGUUUUAUAGGAACAUUAGCUGUAUUUGCUGGUCGCCUUAUUGAAUUAAAUCAGCAAGGAUGA